AUUGCUCGCUCACAGCAGAACAUCGCAGCAGCAGCAGCAAUGAGGAUCCUGGUGUGUGUGUACCUGUGCGGUCUAGCCCUCGCUGUCCUCGCUGAGGAGGAGCAGAAGGUGAAGACAGAGAAGAGAGGACUCUCUGGCUCCCUUGGUGGAUACGGUGGCAGCUUCGGAGGAGGCUACGGAGGCGGCUACGGUGGUGGCUACGGAGGCGGCUACGGAGGCGGAUAUGGAGGCGGCUUCGCUGGUGGACUCGGAGGCGGUCUUGGCGGUGGCAUUGGAGCUGGCAUCGGUGGUGGGGCUCCUCAGGUCACUGUCAACAGCGUGCCUGUCCCUGUCCCAGUGCCUGUGGAGAGGACCAUCCCAGUUCCGGUGAGAGUCCCCGUCACAGUCCCUGUGGAGCGUCCUGUCCCUGUGCAUGUACCACAGCCGUACCCUGUCCCUGUAGACAACCCUGUGCCCGUCCCCGUCAAGGUCCCCACCCCAGUGUCCGUCCCAGUGCCUCAGCCCUACGUCGUUAAGCGUCCAGUGCCCUACGUCGUCAGCGCUGGCCACGGUGGUCUCGGAGGAGGACUCGGCGGUGGUCUCGGAGGAGGCCUCGGAGGAAAAUUCGGUGGAGGCUACGGCGGCGGCUUCGGCGGAGGAUACGGCGGAGCUGUCGGUGGCUUUGGAGGACUUGGGGGCUACGGAAAAUACGGGCACCUUGCUAGAGGUAUAAAAGCUCACCACCGCCUCGCAACAGCAUCAGUCAUUGCUCGCUCUCAGAAGAACCCACAAGCAGCAAUGAGGAUCCUGGUGUGCGUGUAUCUGUGCGGUGUGGCCCUGUCCGUCUUAGCCGAGGAGGAGCAGCCAGUGAAAGAGAAGCGAGGACUCUCCGGUUCACUGGGUGGUUAUGGUGGCGGCUACGGUCUGGGAGGUGGCUACAGUGGCGGCUAUGGAGGCGGCUACGGUGGCGGCUACGGAGGUGACUACGGAGGUGGAUACGCUGGUGGACUCGGAGGCGGCCUUGCAGGCGGCAUCGGGUCCGGCAUUGGAGGGGGACAGCCACAGAUCACUGUCAACAGAAUACCUGUCCGGGUCCCAGUCCCUGUGGAGAGGAUCGUUCGAGUGCCUGUGAAGGUCCCAUUCACGGUAACUGUGGACCGGCCUGUUCCUGUCCAGGUACCACAGCCGUACCCUGUCCCUGUAGACAACCCUGUGCCCGUCCCUGUCAAGGUCCCCACCCCAGUGUCCGUUCCAGUUCCUCAGCCCUACGUCGUUAAGCGUCCAGUGCCCUACGUCGUCAGCGAUGGCCACAGUGGUAUCGGAGGAGGCCUUGGCGGUGGUCUUGGAGGAGGCUACAGUGGUGGCCUUGCUGCAGGAUAUGGCGGAGCUGCCGGUGGCUUUGGAGGACUUGGGGGCUACGGAAAGUAUGGCCACUGAAUUCUGGAGCCAAACCCAACAACUGGACCCAUACACGACACCAGUAUCCAUAGUAAUGGAAUGUAAAAGCUUUAAAAAUAAAUUUUUCAAAAUAAAAUCU